ACACUGCAAGGUUCAGAGACAAGAAUCAUGAGCAGCAGCAAUGUGUCUCAGCCUGUAGCUGUACAGCUCUGCUAUGAGAACAUCAAUGGGUCCUGCAUUCAGACUCCCUACUUCCCGGCACCCAGAGUCAUCCUCUACCUGGUCUUUGGCUCUGGGGUUGUCCUUGCUGUCUUGGGAAACCUCAUGGUCAUGAUUUCAGUAUUUCACUUCAAGCAGCUGCACUCUCCUGCCAAUUAUCUCAUUGCCUCCUUGGCUUGUGCUGACUUUUUGGUGGGAGCCACUGUGAUGCCCUUCAGCAUGGUGAGGUCAGUGGAGAGUUGCUGGUAUUUUGGGGAGAGUUACUGUAAACUGCAUACCACUUUUGAUGCGGCAUUUUGUCAUACUUCACUCUUUCACUUGUGCUUCAUCUCUAUUGAUAGAUAGAUUGCUGUUACAGACCCUCUAGUGUAUCCAACCAAAUUUACUGUCUCUGUCUCUAGGUUAUGCAUUGCUUUCUCCUGGACCAUCAUUGUGUCUUACAGUGGUUCUGUUUUUUACACAGGUGUCAAUGAUGAUGGACUGGAGGAAUUAGUAAGUGCCCUCACCUGUGUGGGAAGUUGUCAGGGUGCUGUGAAUCAAAACUGGAUCAUGAUAGAUUUCCUGUUGUUUUUCAUACCCAGUCUAGUUAUGAUUAUUCUUUACUCUAGGAUUUUUCUCAUAGCUAAAUUUCAGGCUAGAAAGAUUGAAAACACCAAUAGUAAAGGAGAAUCUUCAUCCUCAGAGAGUUACAAAGCCAGAGUGUCCAAGAGGGAGAGAAAAGCAGCCAAAACACUGGGCAUUGCUGUGAUAGCAUUUCUAAUUUCCUGGUUACCCUACUCACUUGACUCAUUAAUUGAUGCUUUUCUUGGCUUCAUUACCCCUGCCUAUGUCUAUGAGAUUUGCUGUUGGUUUGCUUAUUAUAAUUCAGCUGUGAAUCCCCUGAUUUAUGCUUUCUUUUACCCUUGGUUUCGAAAAGCUAUAAAACUCAUUGUCACUGGAAAAGUCUUACAGAAUGGCUCUUCAGCCAUGAAUUUGUUUUCUGAACAUGAAUAA